CUGGUGUAGAGUGUUUACUUUGCAUUUUUUUCGAACCAUCUUAAAUUUUGCUUAUUUUCCUGUUAAUGGUUCAAUUAAUAAUGUUGCGAAGUGUGUAAACAUUAGAAGCUAACAAUGAAGGUAACAAAACAUAAAAAGGCACGGAAAUAUAUGAGUUUUUACAUCAACAAUUUCGGAUUUCGCGAACCUCUGCUGGUGCUUGUCGAUGGAACCUUCUGCCAUGCUGCCUACAAGGCUCGUCUGCAGAUCGAAGACCAGCUCAAAAAGUACUUCCAAUGCGAGCUGAAGCCCAUCGUAACGGCAUGCAUCAUCACCGAGACGGAAAACAUCGGCGGCCCUCUGGUUGCCGUUUGUCAACUGUUGAAGAAGUUCCUCCUACACAAAUGCGGCCACGAGAAGAACCCCAUUGCAGGGUCGGCUUGCAUCAAAGCCAUGACCAGAACUUGUAACUACAUUGUGGCCACACAGGACCGCAACCUGCAGGAAUGGAUCCAAUCCCGAGCGGGAGUUCCGCUGUUCUAUCUGCACAACAAUUUGGUACCGACGCUGGUGCAACCGUCGGAUGCCAGCACCCGAGCUGCGACCAACAAGACGCAAGCCAAGGUCCAGGUACGAGAGGUGGACGAGAAGACGCUGACCUCGUUGAAAAGGAAAGAAGGGCUACUCGUGGAAACGGAACCAAAGCCGAAAAGGAAGAAGAAAAAGAAAAAUCCUAAUCCGUUGUCGUGCAAAAAAUCCAAGAAGUUCAAGGAUCGUGGUGAGGGGCACGAAGGUGGAUCGCAGCAUCAACCGGGCGUGCAAGAUCAUCCGAUUGAGAAGAAAAAACGAAAACGAGUCAAACUGCCGAAACAUGUGAUCGAACACUUGAAGGCGAAUAAAGAAGCUGUUUGUUGAUAAAUGAAAA